AUGAGCAGCCACGUCGACGCUCGCCCACCUUCGCCCGACGACCAGGUCACGCACGGCCACGGCGACACCCUGUGGAAGCGACCGACCGUCGCCAUGCUCAAGAGUCGCAGCUUCUGGAUCGGAAACUAUGACUAUGCAGCCCUCCUCUCGGUCAAGAACAAGCACAUCCCGUUCUUCGCGCCGAACCAGCCGGUGCCCGUCCUACUCGCCCUCAUCCUCGGCCUUCAGCACGCUCUCGCCAUGAUGGGAGGUCUCGUCGUGCCGCCAAUCCUGCUCGGCGGCGCAGCCGGCGCGGGCUUGACAUCCGGCGACCAGAUCUAUCUCGUCUCGGCUUGCCUCAUCUGGUGUGGGCUCGGCACGCUGCUCCAGGUGUCGCGCAUCCCGAUCGGCAAGGGGUACUACAUCGGCUCGGGCGUUCUCAACGUCAUCGGGACUUCGUUUGCCUUUGUCAACACCGGUCUCACGUUCCUGAACAACGAGUUUACUCGCGGCAACUGCAAGCUCGCCGAGGACGGGUCCAAGCUCCCUUGCCCCGAGGCGUUCGGCGCCAUGCUCGGCACUGCCUCGGUCGUCGCCCUCGUCGCCAUCCUGUUCGCCUUUACGCCGCCUCGGUUCCUGCGCCGCAUCUUCACGCCUCUCGUCACCGGUUCCAUCCUCCUCACGAUCGGCCUCUCUCUCAUGGGCAGCGGUAUCACCAACUGGGCAGGCGGCAGUGGGUGCCAGAGUGGCGGGCUGUGCCCGUCCGACAACGCGCCGAUGGCGGCUCCCUGGGGCUCGCCUCGCCUCAUCGGUCUCGGGUUCCUCGUCUGGAUCAGCAUCAUCACGUUCGACCUCCUCGGUCCGCCGCUCGUCAAGAACGCGAGCGUCAUGCUCGGACUCAUCGUCGGCUUUAUCGUCAGCGCCGCCUGUGGCUACUUCGAGCAGUCGACCAUCGACAACGCGCCCGCCGCCACCUUCCUCUGGGUCACCCGCUUCCCUCUCUCGAUCCGAGGAGAGCUCGUCCUCCCUUACUUGGCCGCGAUGUUGAUUGUCAUCUCUGAGGGGGUCGGAAACAUUACUGCGACGUGCGAGAUCUCGAGGCUGCCGAUCGAGGGCCCGCGGUACUCGUCGCACGUCCAGGGCGGCCUCCUCAGCGACGCCCUGUGGGCGUGCCUCGCCGGCCUCGCCACCGUCCCGCCGUCGACCACGUUCAGCCAGAACGUCUCGGUCAUCGCCCUGAGCAACAACGCGUCACGCGUGGCCGGCUACGUCUGUGGCGUUAUCCUCCUCCUCGCCGGCAUCUUCUCCAAGAUUGGCGCCCUCUUUGUCGUCGCGCCGGCGAGCGUCAUCGGCGGCAUGACGACGUUCCUCUUCUCGAGCGUGUGCGUCGCCGGCCUCAAGAUCCUGUCGGGCGUCCACUGGUCGCGCCGCAACCGGUUCAUCGCGACGGCGUCCCUCUCGCUCGGGUUCGCCGCCAUCUGCUCGCCGAGCUGGUUCAGCAACUUCUUCACGUACUCGGGGCCCAACACGGCGCUGCGAGGGUUCCUCGACGCCUUGACCUUGAUUGUCGAGGAGAGCUAUCUCAUCACCCUCAUCAUCGCCGUCCCGCUCCAAGCCGUCAUCCCCCUCGGCGAGGACGACGUCGUCCCUGUGCGCGACGGCGAGCCCGUCGAGGUCCUCGGGCGUACCAAGUCGGCGAGGUACCAGCACUCGAUCGAGCAGGUCGACGGCGACGAGGAGAUGGCGCUCGGACCGGUCGACAGCAAGUGAUGGCGAGCGGGUCCGCGCAGCAGGAGGGCCGGCGGGGCGACGACGUAGUUGUACGAGCGAGUCUGUCAUGCAGUUUUAUCG